AGGUAAGAUGUAUUAUGAACAUAAAGCCUACCAACUUUACCCAGCUAAUUAUUGAUAUGCUUUGAUAGUUGAUAAGUAUGAUAACAAAAAACAACAGGAGUAUCUAACUAUAUAUAUACACACGUACACAUAUGUAUAUACACACAAAUACACAGUUCCUAAAUAGCUUUAUUAUUCUCUCCUUAACUCAAAUCUAGUGCAAUAGCUAGAGGAGAGUGGGGGAAAAAAUGGGGAAAUAGUCUAAUAAACAUUAUACAAAGCUUGCUACAACAUUGUAGCUUCACACUUGAUUUUAGCACUGCUAUUUAUGAAUAAAACAGGAACAAGUAUGAAUGGCAUCAGCAGGAAAUACUUAAGAAUAUGUGGAGGGCAAAUUACGGCUUUGGUGUAUGUAAAGAUCAGAGAUACGGUAGAAGGAAAAUGAGAAUUUUUAAGAAAAGACUGAUUAAACCCAGACAUGCCUGCAAUUACAUUACUUCAGACAAUAUAACUGCUGCGAUGGAGUGAAUUUUACAUUUUAUACAUGAUGUUACAGGGGAGGUAAUCCCACUGCAGGAAUAAAAAGUGGGUUUUUUUUUCCCACCAAAGCAGCCACUUUGUAUUAACUCAUUUUUACACUUAUAAUCUUGAAUAAGAAAGAUUCAGAAACUUCUGAGUUCAGUUCUUGCCAGCCAAAGAGGCUAGUAACUUAAACUAUUAGACCCAACUUCCACUGGAGUCAACUUAGUUAUCUUGAGAGCAUAAUGUUGAAAUAACAGUGAAACUUUUCCCUCAGUUAUGAUGAAACCAAGGAACUUUUAUCAGAAAAAUGGUUUAACUGGGACAGAGAAUGGAGCUAGCUACUAAAUAUUUCACUAUAGAAAAAGAUCUAGAAUUUAUACAAUUUGGUGUGGCAACAUGCUCAUUUUCUACGCUACUGGCAAUUCUUUUAAGAAAAUUAGGUCACUUUAUUUUUUAUUUUUAAGAAACAUUCAUAAGGAGCAUAUGUGGAGAUUAUACAUUGCAACUUGAAAGCAACACGCUUUUCUACGCUAUCAUUAUUUCACAUUCUAGAGUUGUUUAUUUUUUCCCAGCAUCUAACAGCUUUGUCAAAUUGAAGUGCCCAGGCUUAGCCUAAUGUUUAUGGUUUUCUACAGUUGAUUUCUAAAUUAGAACCAUCAUGUUGUCAUCAUUCUCUGUGAGACACUGCUGUUUGGUUUUAUUAUUUGUUUUUCAUUGCUGCUUUACAUACUCCUUUGAAUCAUGGGAAAAAUUUACAUCAGAUACAAGUUGGUUCAACACCCUCAACCCAAUUCCUGGGAAAGGCUCUCUCCUGAAAAAAAAAAAAAAAAGCCAAACCAAAAUAACAGGUACUGUAGGUGACCAUAUACUUGUUCUCUACCUAGGCUAAUAUGGAUUUAUCCUUACUUAACCUUCAAUACCCAUCUCUAAAACAUACCUUUAAAACCUCUAAAAAAAAAAAAUCACUAUGAUGGGGGUCAUACACUCCAAUAUGUUGCUCAGGGAGGAUUUGGAUGGUCCAUCCAUUUAAUCCUUUUGUGAUAGGACCCCUAAGAAACCAAAUGCAAAUGUUGGCCUAGCUUGGAGCAGUGGUUUGGGCCACAUGGUCCUCCCAAAGGCCGUUCUACCUCAAAUUACUCUCUUGCAUAUGAAAGAAAAAAAAAAUCAGUAAAUAUUUUUUAAAGCAGGGAAAAGAGAAUACUUAUGAAGCAAAAGACCAUUUUUAUUGGUCUCCCAUUUAAUAUACACAUCCUGACACAAGUGAUUCUGUUAGGACCACUUGCUUCUCUAAUAGCGACAGUGAAAGAUGACAACCAGCUUUAAUAACAGGAGCAAGACCAUACCACAUUUUGAUUUGUGUUCCAUUGGCAAGUGUGAAAUGGCGCACUCUCACACUGCUGGUACUAUCUGGAGUACAUCUGAAGUCUGGCAAGGUCAGGACUAGCAGCAGAAGUGCAAUGAGAGCUCAUGUGGAAGGCAAUGCUGAUGGGCACAGAGGCUGAAAGCGUCAAAUAUGCACGCUGUUACUUUGAGUCCUUCCGUAAGACUGGCCACAGAAGAGGUUUUCCCCUUGACAGAAAUGCUGUUCUUCAGUAUGUGAAAUAAUUAUGAGAUGAAUAUGAAUUGAAAGUGCACUUCCUCUUGACCUACUUCCCAGGCAGGGAAGCAGAGCUGGAUGCCCUCCUGUUUAGGAAGGUAACAUUAUUUCUCUGCAUUCCCUAGACUCCACAAAAGCCUCUACUGUUUGGUAUCAACUACGUGGCUAAUUAUCAUACCUCGUGUGCAGUUUCUCCUAAUGAUUUCCUUCCAUCUCUUGUCAACACCCAGGCUGACUGACCAAACUGGUUCUCUUGGAGAGAAGUGUACCUCUUUACCCCAUCAAUAAAUGGGCUUUUUAACUGUGAGGGUAAACACUGAGAAUGAUAGCGUGAGCUGGUUUGGGAAAAUAGCAGAUAAUGCUGGAGACCUCCAGGAUUGUGUGCAGCUGAAUCCUACCUCAUUAAGUGAGCAGACCUUGCUUUGUUCACAGGGUUUCAGGAUGCAUCUUUUUACUCCACCGCAAAAAUCAGUUGCAUGUUCCAUUAGUGCUGGGGCCCCAAGUCUUCAUGCAUGAGUCCCACAGCCAGUCUCCCACACCCACAGCAGCUGAGGGUUUAGAACAGAUGUUAAUACCACUUCUCUGACAACGUACUUGCAUGAGGAACGUAGGUUCUAAUCUGCUGCUUUUGAUAUGUAGGUCUCCUUGCCCCAUCAGAGGUCUGCAUCACUCACUCUGGUGCCUGUAAAAACAUGCUGAAGAUGCCCCAGUACAGCUCUCACUGGCAUUUCAAAGCUACCAACUAUGCUGGCAUGGCACACUGAUGGGAAAAGCUGUUGGGUUUGGUUUUGGGAGGCUUUGGGUUUACAAGUGAUUAUUGCUGGCUGUCUCCUCUUCCUGUGGAGUCACUCCUCACCUCUUGCACUAGAAGUAACUAAACAUGAUACUUAGUUUAGUGGGCAAUAUCAGUGGUAGGUGAACAGUUGGACUAGAUGAUCUUAAAGGUCUUUUCCAGCCUCAAUGAUUCUACGAAAAGGGAGAAACUGCUGGGAUUUUCUGAUCUGGAUAAGAUUCCCACAAAAUAAUCUGUGUAUAUAAAAAACAGAACUAUUUGCCAGUAUGCUCAGAUUAUUAUUUUCCAAGGUAAAUGCCAUAACUGAUAUUUUGCUGUAGCUGGCUGUAAUUGUACCCAGGCACUGAGAACAGGCAUCAAAGGUAUAAAGGAGAAAAGAAAGCUCAGCAACACAGCAGAUGACAUGCUGUGAGAUUCCUAAAUUAGCGCUGAGCUAAGUCUGUGCAACCCCAACACCAAGUUGGGCUGGAAGCAGCGGAGAGCAGGGUGUUGCUAAAUGAUUGCUCAGUUAAUCCAUAACCUGAAUAAACCACCCACAGAUAAGUGAGAGCUGAUGUUGUGUAAACUGCCAGAACACAGCCUCAAUUCCAACUUCACAGGCAGUGGAGCUAAUCAUAACUCUGCAGUUCACAAAGAAAAUUGUGCCAGGGAAGAAUCUGAUCAGGGAUUUUCCACGACCUCUGUGUAUGACACUGGAGAUCAUAUCUUCUGCUUCUAACUUCACCUGGGAUGGAUUGUGAAUCAGCAUACAUAAAUCACCUGCCAAACCCUUGAGUACAUCACUGAUAAGAUUAAAACGGAUUCAAAAGUGCAAGUGUCAUAUCAGCAGCUGGAGCACAUCUGACAGCGCAGCCAGAGACAAUGGCCAUUCCUCAAGUUGUUCAGGGAAAUGAUCUGCUUUUCUCACCUCACUUUCCACAUUACGUUAUGUUGCGUCUGACCAAUGCAACCUCUGAGAAGUCUGGAUAUACUACUGAGUUCUCUCAGCUCAGUGAUGUUAAUUUUGUUCAGCUCUGAGCAUCCAUAGUUGCUGCUAUGGUCUUUGACAUCACUAAGCUUCCCAUAACUACCAGUCAAUCCAGAGAUAAAGUUACAGUUCUAGAUUUGCCUAAUUUCAGUCUUUUCCCUCCCUCCAUCCCCCACUCCAAUGCACCGAGGCAACAUCCCUCAGGUGGCACAGUUGUGUUGUCAGAAAGAUAUUUAAUAGGGAAUCUGAGAUUUAUCCACAGUAAGCUGUUUCAAAGGCAUUGCUUUGGCUGUCAAAGCAAGCACAGCUACAGCUGAAUUGGGCACUGAUUCCCAUAUUUCUACAAUCUAAUUAAAUAUAUCUUAAAUACUUAUAUUUGAGAAGAUUGCCUCUAUAAACCCAGUCCAACCUACAGAAGUGUUGAGUAUGUGCCUAAUCCCCAAAGCCAACAGGAGCUCUUAGUGCCCUGGGACAGCACAGUGCACACCCCAGCACUGCCCCCUGCAUACCUGAUCCUACUUCCCCCAGGGGGUUUGCUGCAGCUCUCCGCCCCACAGCUGUCAGUAGCAGCACAGCUGGCCAUGGAGGCACAUACACGUCAAACAGGCCUUCCUCUGAUGCUGGUCGCAGCCAGAAGGCCAUUCCACAGCCAUUUGCCUUAGUGUUGCUUCAGCUUUCCUCAUGUAAAGCACUUCCUGUGACACUCUAGGUAUAUCAGUAAAAUGUAUCUUGGAGUUUCUAGUCACUUAGGAGGUGAAUGAAAAAAAAUAAAGACCUCUGACUGCAUAAUUUUGAGAGGGAAGCAGCAGGCUAAGCCUAGUGGUGUGGCUGCAAAGUUCCCACUGGUAAUACCAGAAGUUCCAGCUCUGUUAGGCUCCUUAAAAGGAAUAGCACUUCGCUUAAUGGUUAGAAGAAAUCACUGUUCAUUUUGAAGUGAAGGAAUUAUAGGUCAGUUACCACUUCCAUGAGCCUGAGACAGAAUAUUGGACUAGACAAGCAACAGCAGUAAGGCCUGAUGUGCCAAGAUGGACCUGGACAGGACACCUUGGCUCCUCCAGCUAAACAGGAAGGGGCAAUCUGAUCUUCCACCCCACGUGUGCACUCUCACAAGCACAGCUUCAGCCACAAGAGCUUUCUCAGCUGUCUAUGAAGGCUUACUGGUUCAUCAUCUGGAAAGCCUGCACCACUUUUAGAGGCCGUGAAUCCUCAUCUGCGGACUAAUGGGCCGAUGAACAUCAACCACUACGCAACGAAGAAGAGCGUGGCCGAGAGCAUGCUGGAUGUGGCACUGUUCAUGGCAAAUGUCACCCAGCUCAAAGCUGUGCUGGAGCAGGGGACUUCCUUCCAGUACUACACCACCCUCAUCGUGCUCAUCAGCAUCUCCCUCUUCUUCCAGGUGGUGAUUGGGAUCCUCCUUAUCAUCACUGCUCGGUUGAACCUGAAUGAUGUGGCAAAACAACCCCGCCUGAAUAUACUCAACAAUGCUGCAACAGCUCUCAUCUUCAUCACAGUCAUCAUCAAUAUCUUCAUCACAGCCUUUGGGGUGCAGAAGACUGGCCUCUACCCUACCAGGAAUUUUCGAUCUUAUUAAGUCAAGUGGAAGCAGAGUCGGGAACUGAACAGCACAACCAAUGGGGGAAAGCGCUCCUCAACAUUUUGACUGAUCUCAGCAGGAUCCCAGCAAAGAAUCCAGAGAACACAGUUAAGCUUUCAGAAUCAUAUGUGUUUUGUGGCAUACCUGCCCCUUAACUAUAGUGCCUAUGCAGUUCUGCAGGGGUGAAGCUUUGCAUUGCUUUUUCAAAGCUAGAGCAAACUUUGCAGCAAUCUCUAGAGAAAGCUGCAGAAACAGUAGCAGGUACACAAUUUCAAAGCACAGUUCUCUAAAUCUAAUCUCUUUCUUUAGCUGCCUGCUUCACAUAGUCAAUAUUGGCUCAUUUUGUAGAGAAGAGCAAACAAUGUACUUUGUAGAAUAAACAAACAAAAUAUCCAGCUUUUUUGGUUUUCAGCAUGAUUUGCUGUAUCUAUAUGUAGAUAGCAAUGCUGUCUAGUACUUUACCUCCCAAAUGUAGGAAUGGAUCUCUCAAACUGAAAAAAAUUAUCACGGGAGGAUAACAGAGUAUGCACGUGUCAACAUGCUAAGAAGAGAUAAAAUAUUUUCCCAAUUGUUUAAAAAUGAGAUGAAAAACAGUUAUGAAAGCAAUCAGAUCUUUCCAGUAUUGAGAAGUUAACAGUGACAGAAAACAGAUAUUAUGUUCUGAUGUCAUCAACAGGGGUGUAUCAGGAGUGCUGCCUGAACAGCCUAACAAAAGGUAGGAGAGAAACAUUUGGACGAUGAGACACUUUGGUCUAAUUGCCACAAUGAGAAAUGACAGAUGUGUAGGGUAUUACUUCAUUUAUAAAUGACCAUUUUAAUUUAAGGUGUUAUCACUAACAUCAGUUUGUUUAAACAUGUAAUCUCCACAUUGACAAUGUUGGGAACUCUUGUUCUGGACUGAAAAGAUUCUCCUUUAAAAAAAACAGUCUUUGAAUUAAAGAUUUUUCAGAUUUUCUUGAAGUAGUAAA